AAAAUAAAAACAACCGGAGAUCACUUAAGCUGACAGUUUCUCGUUCAAUUUCAGGCGUUCUCACCUUUAAUCAAAGUUAACCUGCGGUCAGGUGGAGGCCGACGUGUCCGGGAAGUGUCCCUGGAAAGUUUGAGCCUGCGGGCGGCACCGCGAUGGCAAAAUAUCAGCCCGGAUCGGUUUCCUUGGCAUAGGUCACGUGACUAAUUGGAAAAUAUUCUCGGUGCAAAAUGGCUGAUGAAGAACAGUGGUCGAUGUGCGAAGACGGCUGUCUCAACGUGCACACCGACCCCAAGGCCAUUAUUUACCACCCCAACCUUAACGUCAUCCUUCUGGUGUCCAACUCGCACGAGGUUUUCGUCAUCGACGUCAACACAGGGGCCAUCCUGCACCGCAGUUGCUACACGGGUUCGUCUACGAGUUGUCUUCAGGGCGCGUAUCUCUCAGGGCACGACAAGCUGCUGCUCACCGAUGGCUGCAAUGUCGGCCUCCGCAGUGAUUAUAGUGGUGUUCUGCUGCUGGACAGUAUUCUGCAGCCACCUGUCAUCCAAACGCAACAAAAAGUUCGAGUGGAGCUACCACUAUCUGAGGCCCUCAUUCUUCACAAGGCCCUGACACAAAUGUCUGAGCUGCCUGGGGCAGAUCAGUUCAUCCACGAAGUCACCCAACAACUCUCGUCGCAGUUCCACCAGUCACAAAACCAGCAGCUCCCCAGCAGCAAGGCGGCAAAAUGGAGAUUCAUCAGUCUGGAAAUGCCUGCCGGGUCUCUGUGGCUAGUCUGUUCUGGUCUCGCUCAGGAAUUGAAACGGCAGGGUCGGCAAGUGCCUGCCAUGACGGUGGCCUCUGCCCUUUGUGAAAGACUGAGCACCCUGGCGCACCAGGAGGCCUUCUCGUUGCUGGGCACGAGUGAGGGUUCUUCGACGCCCUACCGAGCGCUCAUGUUCAGCGAAGCUGCUCGCAGGGCCACUUUCUCCAAAUGGCCUCACAUGAAUUACAAAUGGGCAUUGCCAGAACAAAUGGCCCAGGCAGGGUUUUACCACCAACCAAACAAGAUGGGUGAUGACCGUGCAUUGUGUUUCACUUGCAAUGUGUGUCUGGUUUGUUGGGAGCCGACGGACGAACCUUGGUCUGAGCACGAGAGGCACUCGCCUUCGUGUCCUUUUGUCAAAGGAGAGCCCACACAGAACGUUCCUCUUUCAAUUUCAUAUGCCACGCAGCCAGCAGUGAAAGUCUCAUCCAGUUCAGCCUCUUUGCCGGUUGAGCAUGUUGGUCCAUCUUCAGCCAGGGACUUGAUCGCUACUAGCUCCAAGCAGGGACAGAUCACAAUUUGGAAUGUAGCCCGAAAGCUCAAGGAGGAAGCUAGCUUUAGUGUGAAUGCAAAGCACGAAGUGAUUCAGGAAGCAGUGAGAUACAAAUUGGCAACAUCAACUCCUAAAUUGAAAGAGGCAUGGACUGAGAAAAGUGAACUCUGUGAUCAAGAAAACAUAGUUAGCAGUGAAGCUACUUCCAUUGAGGCAGAAGUAACUGCUCUUUGCAUAGCCGCUCUAGAAAGGGAAAAACUGAGCAAAUCGAGUUCAUGCCUUGUGGUUGGCGCUCUCAUGCAUCAUGGUGAGGGGACCUCAUCCUCUAUGGUGCAAGCAAUGAAUUACGCAAACCAGGCGUCCAGUUUUGAAGAAGAAGGCAAGGAAGAUGCUUGCGCAUAUCUGUUAGUUUACGACCUGCACUACUCAGAACAGAAGCAGUCGGACAACAACAAAAACAACAAGGACGCUAAAAAGAACAAAAGCAGUCGACAGGAUUUGUACACCGACUCAACCUUCCUAAAUCACAUUUUGUAUGAAAACUUUGGUGUGCCUGUUAUUGAAGACAGCAGUGCUGAUGCGGACAGCAUUGAAGACCCAGUAGAACUGCACCCUCCGCCGAACACCUCAGCAGUCAAGUUUGUUUCCGACAAUUGUCUGCCUAGCAUCCAACGCCCAAUGGACAUACCUGACGAAACUUUAGAGCCUGUUCUGCUCCAGUGCAUCGAACUACCAGAAAAGGUGCGAAAAAGCAUGGUGGUGACCAGUGUCCAGCCAACCCGUGACGGAAACCACCUCCUGGUGACCUUGGGAGUGCCCCAGGCCAAGGAGGCUGUGGCCUCGGCAGACUAUCAAGGCGUCGAAGAGUGUCAGCUUAUCAAUUCAAUUCAGAACUCGAUUCACUCUAUGUUGGGUGGAGAGGCAGACAAGAACACAUGGGCUGCCAUUGUGGGUAAGGGAGGGUCAAUUGUCUUUGACACCAGUCAGACCAUUGCAUACAAACACAUCGACUUUGAAUCUGACGACAAGAGCAACCACUUUGGAGAAAUUCUACUCGGAAAGGAUGUGAAGAAGUUGGAAGAGAUGCCCAAAGCUCAGGAACAACCUGACACCGCUGUUGAGCAGCAGCCCUUUGGCGCCGUUCUUCUGUAUGCCCUUGACGGAACAGACAGAGUAGUGGUCGAGCAGCCUCUGCUUUGGAGGUUUUUGUCAUCAAGUUCUAUGCAAACUUUGCUGCUCCCAUGUAGUGAGAAAGAAGGGGACGGUGAUCUCAAAAGCAAAGAACCGCAAGGUCUGGCAGCCAUCGUGUGCAGAGACGGCGCUGUUCGAGUGUUGGACAUUGCCUCUCUAAGCACGGUUGCCACAGCAAAACCAUCUCAGAUGAACGCAAAAUUCGUCUCUGCCACCUACUGCAAUAGCCUGGAGCAAUUGUGUUUGUGCUCGGACGCUGGAAAGUUGCACUUCUUCACUUUGGCUGUGCCUGGAGCAGAGCCUAUCGAAGAAGAGUCUGACCAAAUCCUGUACCUGAAUUCUUCAAAAGUAGACGCCGUGGACUCUGCAAUGCCUGGGACCUCCUCUGCAGUGGAUCUUCUAGCAUAUCAGCCCACCACCCUGAGUAGUCUGCGAACAAUGCAGCAGCUGACAAAGUGCGUCAACUUGACUCCUUGUUUUACUGCAAAUGCACCAGCCUGCUGGAGUGAAAUGAUGCAGGCGCAGAAGCAGAGACGCCACCCACAACACCUACAGCAGGGGGGCGAAGAACUGCACCAUACUAGGACCUGGAGACUUCAGCAUGAAAACUCAACAUGGGAUGAGCAUGUUUUUGAGCUCACCUUGCCUCGGAGUUGUUGCGUAGGCCACGUAGAUGUUAAAUUCUCCCUCCACUCUCUGCCUUCAAUGGCUACUGAAAUCCAAGUCACUCUCCUCAAACUUAACUCUUCGGGAAUCGGCAAGAAAGAUAAACCCGGUAGUCGAGCUGUCGAUGAUGGAAUCAAUUUUAAAUUUUCUGGCAAUCCUGUCACAAGUGAGGAGUACUCAAGUGAGCACAACACGGAAGUUUUGUGUGGUCCUGUUAAUAUGAUGUCCUCCCUGGACUUGAGUGGAUUAAGCGGCAUUGUGACGCUCACAAGUCCUGCACUGCUCGUCACCCGCAGUCGUACCUUACUCAUUCAUAUCAAAGCCAUAUUUGCACCUAGUGAUAAAUCAAUGAGUUCAAAAAAGGAUGACAGAGCCGCGCUGAAGAGGGGCCGGACGGAACUGAAGGGAAUCAAGGAGCAACUACUAAAUGCAGACCAAAAGAUUGACCUCAGCUACACACAAGCACCACCAAGACCAAGUAGCAGCUCUCAGAGCAAAAAGGAAAUGAAGGGUUGUGAUUACUUGCAUGAAAUUUCAAUUACGAUUAGAAGAUCCUGCAGAACAUCAAUUCCAAAUGAGAGGUCCCAAAGAAAGGGAAUGGUCGAGUCUUUAUCUUUCAUCGAAAGGCUGAUUGGAGCUGCCUGCCUGCAAGGGCCGGAGAACAACUCCAUGACACAAAGCAUAGCCCUAGACAUUCUAAUCUGGAUUUGCUCAGUGAAACUAGCACGAUACAGAGGCCCACAAAUUGAUCACCAAGCCAGUCAGGUGGAGUUGGUCCAGCUUAUUGAGAAAAACAUGGAAUCUCUUGUCCUCAACUGUCUCUUACUUUCAAAUAGAAGUCUGGCCCACAAAUUUGCAAAACUCUGCGUAAUUUGCAGCGAGGGUUUGAAAAAUGCAAUGGACUCUCCAUCUCCCACCUUUGACAACACCCUUCUGAAUGCUUUGCUGAAUGCACUGCCUAUGGUUCCAAGAGCUCAGUCGUCCGGUGCACUGCACUGGUUUUUCAUGAUGCUCAGUCGCAAGGCGCUGCUAAACCCAACCACCACUGGUCAAAAGUGCAUGACCCUUCUGCAGCAAGUUGCAACGGAGCUUAGUUCAAGGAGCAGCCCAGAACACAUGUUGCUCAGAACAAGGUUCGGUCUUUAUGGAUUGCCUCUGGAACCUCAGAUUUUCGACGCUGAACUUCCACUACAGCAGUGCAAAUCUUCAUCUAUCCCCUUGUCUUAUGCCACAAUUGUUUCUGGAGAGGCUAGCAUGAACACCUAUCAGAAUAUGGCACCAAGCAAUGGCUUUUCUGAGCUGAAAAAUAUGUUCACUGGUACCAACAUAGGAGCAAGUAUGAUAUCCGAGAAUCAAAUGCGCGGCCUCCUUGAAACUCAACCUUUGCACUUCACUUGCCAUGCUGCAAGCGACGGCACCAAAUUGGAAGCGCUUCCCUCUUCAGACGGCAUGUACAUGAACAGUGUGUGGGAAUCUGAAGGCUUUUCCUUCUCGGAUAUGCACCAGUCGGACGAAGAAAACUCGAUUGGAAAUCUGGCCAUGCUCCCAUGGCAGCAGUUGCUGUCACCACCCACACAGCAAACACUGGUCAUUGAGCGGAUGCACUCGGGCGCCAGACGCUUUGUGGUGCUCGACUUUGGCGCCACAGUUGCCCUGACCGAUCUCUUCAUCCCUGCGUGUCCUGACCUGGUGUCUCUGUCCAUUGACUACUGGGUCAGUGCUGAGGAGACUGAUGGUCAGCGUUUAGUGGUGGCCUCCGACAUCGGCACCAAAUCUCUCACCCUGAGUGAUUUGCAGCCGCAGCCCCUGUGCCGCUACCUGAAGGUGACCACAAUCGGGAGGUAUGGAAUGAGCACUGCCCGCUGCAGAAUUCCCGUAGGUCAAUUUUAUGGACACAUGGUGUUAGUUCCUCUUGAGAACUGUGAUGAAAGUGUCAAGAAUGAUGACCAGCUGCACAAGCACUACCAAGCGAUUUUGCAAGCGCUUAUUGAAGACGCGCAGUGCCGACACAGUUUGGCUUCGGCCAAAUUGAAAGGACUCCUGGCACCCUACUUGCAGGUAGAACAGUCUAGCAUUUCUCACCUUUACAACUUCUUGAGACCAACGGUUGCUAACUCGAUGGAGCACCUUGACGAACAAAAGAUCAUCAACGCUUAUCAGGAAUGUAUUGCUUUUCAAAGACAACUGAGUAUUGUGAGGCACGUCCUCAGCAGACUGAGAUCAGCUGCCUCCAUGGAGCCCCGCUAUUUGGACAGCAAAGCGCAGCAGGUUCUUAGUGAGGCCUGCACUGACAAGUUAAGAAUCAUGUCAGACUGCCUUUUAGACACUUUGUUAGGAAUCGCCCAUGAGUCAGGAUCAAAUAGGGGUCUUGCCCUCCAACUGAACCAAAAGUCGUGUUUAGACCUGUUUCAACCUCUCUGUGUGGGAACAGAGUCACACACCCAACUUGCGGCAUGCUCCCUUCUUGUCAGGGGAUGCGGCCUGCAGCCAUGGUGGGGAGAUUUUUUGGCUGACAGCCUUGUUCAGCUUUUCGGAUCAGGGCCCCUUGCUUCAAUUUUUCCAUUGGACAGGGUAUUCAUGCUGCUCACUUAUUUGGGAAGAAAGUCCCUCCUCAGCUCACCAAAGAGUAGUGUUUUGGAAAGUGUUUUGCUAGCUCUGGGAAAACUUUUGAAACCCAUUCACGAAGCUAAAGGAUACAAAAAAGCGCAACUGGAUUUGUCACUCAUUGGAUGGCUUCUGCUUUAUUUAUCUUCCUGUUUAGACGUCUGUCUUCCCGAGGACAAAUCAGAUCAAGGUGCAAGCAGUGCUGGAGCCAAUCCUGGUGGCAGCAACCGCUGGACUUUCAUUCAAGGCUACGAAGCCAUGCAGAAACACCUGGCCAGCUGGAACAAAUCUUCGUCCAGCAGAUGCUACAGUAGGAAACUUCAGAAACGCCUCAUGCACCACUCGCAGCAGUUAAAAGAACUUGAAGCUGCUAAGAAAGCGUACCAGUCGUCCACUCAAGCUCUCUCGGCACUUUCGACGCAAGCGGCUACAUUGUCUAGCAAAUUGGAAGCUGCUCUCAAAGCGCAGGAGCAAUUUUUGAAAAAGACUGUCCAACAACACACUUUGAAACAGCGAUGGAGGGAAAUGUCCCAAGCUUGGAGGAUGGAACGGGGCUCUUCAGAGGCUGGCAGCAGUUUGGGAGGAGCAGGAUGCUCAAGAAUUUCCGAAGAUCCAACAGAGUCUUAUCCUUACAUUGGCCUUUUGCCUCAAGCGCUCAGCCUCCCGGUCGCUCGAGGACUGGUGUCCUUGAUUUUAAACAUGGACUUCACUUGCAAUUCUGACCUCUUCCUCCUGGCCUGCAAGGUCCUCUCUGGCAUAAUAAGUUGUGCUCGACCCUCAAUCACCCUGAACAUGCUUAUGACCGAUGACGAACUCCUGCAAUUUGUUCAAUUGGCUGUGAAGUGUGAAGGUGGCUCUCGGUCUCUCUGGGGAGGACCUUGGGUGUCUCACGCCAUUUCGUGCCUCCUUCAGGAUCUCUUGGAAGCAAGACCUUCUGGUCUUGAGAUGAAAAGUAGAGAUGCCAGUCCGAGUGAUGACAGUCUCGAAGCCCCCCAGAGCGAGGCCACAAUGGAAGGAGAAAGUCAAGAUGACAGUGUAGUAACUGGGUCAAGUGCGGAACCAACGAAACCUCUCGACAACAUGAAAAUGCCAUCUCUGCUGGAGUCCGAGGAUAGUGAGCUAGAUGACACUCUGGAGGAUAUUUGGAUUCGUGGCAAAUACUUGCUGAGUCGUAAAGGAAGUACUCAGCGUACGGUACCAAGCAUGUCUUCAACUACUGCUAUGGAUGCCAGACUGGAGUUUGGUUUUGAGUGGAAUUCAGAGGUGAUUCUGAGGAGGCUGUCAACACAAAACACCCACAAUUUGUCAGCAAGCAUUUUGUCGUCUCUCCAACAAACAAAACACAUACAGACUGCUGGCAGUUGGGACAAUUCCCUAGUGCCAAUGUGCCCAGACAACAUAAGCCUCGGUGGAAGUAGCAACAGUGAAACAAUGAUGUCUAGUUGUUUUGAAAGAAUAUUCUGUGACCUUCAACUUCAGCCGCAGUCUGUAAGUCUGGAACAAACUCUGCAGUUGUGGCACACGCUGGCGCAACAGAGUCCCACUUUUGAUUCAACUGCCAUUCCCAUUCUCCAGUUGAACCGUCCUGCUGUUGUCGGACUGAUGUCUGCUCUUGUUUGGAGUCCAAAUGUUUCUCUUUGUACCUGGGCUUUGGCCUUCCAAUGCCUUACCCUUACCUCAAAUCAGCCAAAGACUGAUGACUGGAAAGUUAGCUAUGUUAUUGAGGACCCAAAUUUCAUCAGAAUGCUGCGGAGAUUCCUCUCGGGAGAUGGAGCAGUUGACCAUGCUGGCUCUAUGGUGUGUCAAAAUCUGAACCAGCUCUUGGUGCGAUUGCUGACCUUGUCUGAAAUCGAGGACUUCUCCAGCUCAUCCACAAUGAAAGAGGAAAUGCUGAAGCUCCUUUUGGAACUUGUGUCUCCACACGGAGCCAUUGAGUUGAAGCACGGACCACUUGACGCUCAGUGCACCCUUCUCGAGUUUCUUCUCAAACUCAACUACGAAACAGUCAACUUGGCUAUGCUAAAGAACCUCUGCGAAUCUGUCAGCAGACUGGUCUACUGGACUUUCCAAAACACGCAAAAUGUUGAGUGUCGCAAGUCCUCUCAUGACUCUCCAAAUGCAAACUCCGCAUCAAGGUGUUUCGGCAGUUUGUUUUCCUCAGUGCUCGGAACAGAGCCACCAGUUAAUAAAAGGGCAAAUAAAAAUGCAUUGGAGUGCAACUUACUCACCCUGACAACAAAACUCAUUCUUUCAACCACUGGUUGCAAACAUGACAGUGCAAAUAGAGACGGCUUGAGCAGCAAAUCUGACGAGGAAAAGGAAAGCUCUAAAGUCGAGUCUCCCGUCAAAGCAACAAGCCAAAUUGAUUCAAUUCUUGAGGACGAAGCAAGCAUCAUGAGACUGAUGACGGCUUUGGCCAACUGCAACAUCAACACCAUGGCCUUGGCUUUUGCUCCUAACAUAGACCUCUCUUUGCUAACCAUGCCUGACUCUUUGGUCAACAUGGGCAAUGACGCCAGUAGCGAAUCAGCAGGUGACGCAGUGCUCAACCUGCUCAUCACCCUGGCAAAAAACACAUCCAAACCUGAGCUUAUCAUGAAACCACUUUUGAACUACAUGAAGUCCUCCUUCAGUGGAGCUGUUUUGCAACUCUCGGAGGCUCUUCUCUGGUUCAUCCUCAAACUUGUCUCGGUCGAAAAGUGCCUUGGGUUGUUCAUCAAGAUGGGUGGCAUCAAAAUUGUGUGCCAGAAUCUUGUACGUAGCUGCUCGUCUGUGAUCAACACGCAACCUAGCCUGGUCUCGAUGGUCAUGCAGCACUUGUACCGUAAUACUCCGGUGGCACCGAGCAAGAAAGGCGCCACUCAGCUUGAAUCUGUCAAUGGCAUGUUGAACUUUGCUCCGCUGGGCGUGAUUUCCUCAAGCAACUUGACCACUCAGCCAGCAGACAGUUUGCUCCAAGCGUCACCUCCACAUCGACGUGCUAGGACACCUGCCUGGUCAUACCACUUCUACCCCGAUGAGCACUGGGUUGACCUUACCAUCAAUCUGCCUUGUUCAGUGCUACUAAAAGAAAUUCAAAUGCUGCCACAUCUCACAUCUUUAGCAACUUGCCCAUCGGCCGUUGCAAUUGAGAUAGCGAGAGAGCCGGGCUCGGCCUUCUUCCCAGUCUGCUCGCCAAUCAACACAAGUUGCCUCACCUUUGUGAGUCUGCGACUCCCUGUACCUGAAGUUGCCGGAUCCGUGCUUAUCCGUCUAUACAAGCCCAAAGACUCUUCGAAUAUUGGCCUCUCUCAGAUUCGUCUGUUGGGCUCGACCUCAUUUGGAGACAACUUCACGGUGACCAAAGGAAAUGUGAUGACCACCAACAAUGACCAAAAGGACGAGGAAACACUCACAAAGACUAGCUUCGGCUGGCUCCGUUUGCUGUACUUCACAAUGGUGAUGUCUCCACCAAGCUCGCCGAUGCUUAAAGAAGUUGUUGCUGCGGCUGCUGAAAGUGAGGAGGAGUUGCUGGAUGCAUGCUGUGCACUUCUGUUUGUGCCACCUCCUGCCUCCCUUUCACCUAGUCUGGAAAGAGUCCUACUCUACCUCGGCUUGCACAAUUCGGAACUUGGUUUAAAAGAAAUCAAUUUGUUGCUCCAUCACACAAGAGCAAGUGAAAUGCAAGGAUUUUUGACAGAAGGAGACUCAUCGCACCAGUCCGUGGUGGAGUUGCUUGCUCACUUGUGUCUCACUCAGGAUAGCAGCACGCACCUCAGAGUAGCAGCCUUACUAACAUGGCUGAAAGACAUAGCAGAGAGCAAUAUUAAACAAUCUUCGAGUGAAAACUGUGAUAAAUGCUAUCCAUCGGGAGUCUACAUUCAUGCAAGUGCUGCAAUUUUAUGGGCUAGCAAGGAAAAAGAAGUUUCGUAUGACCUUCCUGCUUUAAUCACAGGCGAAUUACCAAGUAUUUUGUACGAGUGGUCAGCCAAACUACCUGAGAGCGGGGCUUUAAAGAGAGCAGUUGACUGUGUUAUCUGCUCGCUCUGCUACAUCUCCCCACAGAUUUUCUCUGAUCUGCUCACCAAGAUUGGAAUUGAGUCUUUGGAAUCAAGAAAUGUCACAAGAGACACAAUUUUGACUGAAGGACAGCUUCUGACUAUUGCCAUGGCUUGUCAGUCUCCAAUGGCUGUAGACAGAUUCCUCAACUCUAAGCUGCCCAUCUUCUUGACCAAAUGCAUCCUUGACUGGUGCCACGGAAAUCAGGCUGAAAAAGCUUCCAGAAAAAAUCAAAAGCUCUUCUGCAGCCAUGGUGUACUUUCAACUGAAGGAGUUGCAGUUGUUCUUAAGUUUUUCGCUGACAUCUGCUGUGAAGGAAAAAUUAGAGACUGGCUCGGAUCUCCCGAAGGCUCAGAAUUUUGGCUUCCCCUGCUUUUGAAACUGUGCAACGAACGGCAACCUGAGAGCAGCAAGCUCUCGGAAGCACAUGCCAACGUUCAGUCUGCCACUGUCAUGUUCCUGUCACAGUGCACCACAUUCCACCCAGAAAAUCAACACCUGCUCUGUUCAGUUCUCUGCGAAGUGAUUCGACGCCAGCAAAGUUCUAGUCAAAAUCUCAAAUUUUUGCAUGGACUGUCUGGAUUUACCAGAAGACUGAUCCUGCAGCUCUUGCUGGAGAGCGAGAAAAUCUUGGUCUCCAUCAAAGCAGACUGCACCUUGAACCAAUGUCCGGUGAAUGCAACCCGGCAAGCAUCGCGUCAUCCUCGUCAUGGCACCGGCCAUCAAAAUCAGUUGCUGAUGCUGCGCUCGCAGUCAACAUGUGCCGACAUCUUGAAACUAAUGACAAUUCCAGCUUCAGUUGUUCCUUCGUCAGACCCAAAAGCCGAGGCCAGCCAGGAUUUGAAAGUGAGCUACUGUGACCCAAACAUGAGCUACCCUGACCAAAUGUCUGUUGCUGCUGGCGUCACUGCCCAGGACAAGAGGGCCAAGGAUGCAAGAAAUGCAAGUUCAGCAGCUGCAUCGAGUCAGGCCAGCGUUCUAGCAGGCUCGGCCAUGCUGGCAGCCAAUUGCUACUGCUUGCACCACAGAGCGUGGCCCAACCAAACCCUGCCCGUCCACCUGACAAUGUCCAACCUUCUGGCCGCCUUGAGAUUGAGCGGCCACUCACUGAGCUCUCCUGGCUUGACUUUGACCUUGAAUUACCUAAAUACAGAUGCUGAGAAAAUGGACUUUGCAGCACCAUAUCAAACAAUUUCUACACCUCUGCAAGUUUUUGCCCAGAUGGGAGGAUUGGCGCUUUUGGCCAAACACCUGCCCUUGGUUUACCCACAAGCGCUGAAAAUUCAGCCUCCAGAAGUUGCUAAAAAUCCAUCUCCAGACCCAGUAGACGCUGAUUGGGUCAAGGUUGAGGUUUCCGAAGACUUCUUAGACUCAUAUUCGCUUAAUGAAUUUUCUCAGGAUUUGGAGGAACCUCUUCCCAUUUCAACAUCUGCACCAAAAACUGGCAAUGUUCAUCCUUUGGUUACACCCUCAGUGCCUCCCCAUUCUCUAGUUGCAUUUGGACUCUUCCUGCGCCUCCCUGGCUAUGCAGAAGUCCUCUUGAGAGACAGGAAGAAGGCGCAGUGUCUGCUGCGUCUGGUAUUAGGCGUUUCUGACGACGGUGAGGGAGGAGAAAUUUUCAAUUCUUCGGUGGCGCCUUCCCUGCCAACUCUACCCUUCCAAGUGCUGAGAGAAUUGUUCGACUCGACGCCUCUGAAUUCCGACGACGGCCUUUUGCUGCGAGCAGCAACUUUGGAACAUGGCGCCAUUCAUCUUCUGCUCAACUGCCUGGCCCACUUCACACACCACACUGGCACCAAAAGCCCCGUCCAGUCCGAGUCCUCAAAGCCCUCCAACGGUGCCGAUCGGAGAUCAAAAAAGGCCCCUGAUGACAAGAGUCACCUGUACUGGGCCAAGGGAACAGGGUUUGGAACAGGCAGCACUCAACAGUCGUGGAAUGUGGAACAGGCCUUGCAGAGGCAGAAGGGAGAGGAGGAGUACGUCACUGUCCUGUUGCAAGUGCUGGCGAGUUUCAUCAACCCACUUGGUGCAGUGCCGGCGCACUUUUACUCUGAAGAUGAAAGCAGCAGUGAGGGAGAAACUGAGAGCAAGGAGAGAUCACCUUUGCCAGCCUCUUUUCCAAUGCUGCUCAGCCAGUCCUGUCUGCUUCCGGCUGUUUCUUCUUACCUGAGAAAUGAUUCAGUAUUGGACAUGGCGCGCCACAUUCCGCUGUACACGGCUGUACUCCAGCUACUGAGGGCAAUGGCAUUCAGUCCUCAGCUGGCCAACUUGUUGCUACCCUCUCCAACCUCGAGCGGUCGCAUGGAAGAUCUCUCAGUAGUGUGCCUUUUGACCAAAAUGAAGUCCUGUGUGGACACUUAUGCCUCAAGACUGAAAGGAGUGAAACCCAAAAAGGCUAGCAAAACUAGAAAGCAUGCUUUUGCAAACUUGAAACAGCAGGAGGAUGAAACAGACCAACAAGACGAGGAGGGUCUUGCCCAGUUGAUUCCAGACAUUCAAGAAACUGCCAAUUUGGUCCAGCUUGCUACUGAAAGGCUGGUUAUCGAAGAUGAUUUUGGAAGUGGCAGCCAGAGUGACAUUGGAAGCAUGGAAAAACCACUCCAAGUGUCUUUGGAAGAAAAAUACCUGGAAAUCAUGAGAAGAUUGAGAUUUGACUCAUUCGAGAUGAUUACGGAAAAUGAAGAAGCAAACGGCUUCCGAUUUGUUGUCGCUUACCACUUUGAGCCAAACAUGCGAGCUGCUGGAGACAGAUCUCUGCCGUCAAGAGUGAAAAGAUUGGCCCAGGAAACAGUGACGCUGUCCACCUCUCUACCGUUGUCUUACAGCAGCUCUGUUUUUGUCCGUUGCGACACAGACCGAAUGGACAUUAUGAAAGUCCUGAUCACCGGCCCUGCCGAGACGCCCUAUGCCAAUGGAUGCUUCGAGUUUGACGUUUUCUUUCCACCAGACUACCCGUCAUCACCAAUGCUCAUCAACUUACAAACCACAGGCCACCAAACUGUGAGGUUCAACCCUAACUUGUACAAUGACGGCAAGGUCUGCCUCAGUGUGCUCAACACCUGGCAUGGCAGACCUGAGGAAAAAUGGAACGCCCACACUUCAAGCUUCCUUCAGGUUCUAGUCUCCAUUCAGUCACUGAUUCUUGUACCAGAACCCUACUUCAAUGAGCCAGGGUAUGAAAGGUCAAGAGGCACACCUUCAGGCACCCACAGCUCCCGAGAGUACAACUCGAACAUCUACCAAGCGACGGUCCGAUGGGCCAUGUUGGAGCAACUGAGACAGCCAAGUCCUUGCUUUAAAGAGGUGGUUCACAAUCAUUUCUGGUUCAAACGUCACGAAAUCGAGCAACAAAUUGAUGGAUGGAUCAAAGAACUGGACAGUCAGAGCAGUGACAGGAGAACAGGGAGAGCAAUCUCGGUCAACUCCGUUUCACUCAAGAGACACUACCGUCAACUGAAGGAGGAACUGGCAAACUUGAAAGCGCCUGCUGGACUGGAAGAUUUGGCCCUGGCCAUGGAGCAGCAGCACCAGCAGCAGGCAAUCAGCUGCAGCCCCUCAACUUCAAAGGAGAGCACAAUGGAACCACUCCCUGGUGAGCCAACCACCCCUUCGACUCCCACACCCUCGAACCCUCCAACACCCACUGGAGAGCAGUCCUUGAUGCCCAACUCGGUCUACGACCCCGAGUUGGUGCAGCAUGUCUGAGUUAGUCGUAUUGUUCUUACAAUUUCCAAUAAAACCGCCGGCUUAAGUUAAAUGCAUUUCCUCACAAUAUACAAAUGUGUAUGAUGGUCAAGAGCCUGCCAACGUAAAUAGGAAGUCGCAGGUCGCCCGUUCACUUUAAGUAGCCACUGAUUUUUUUCUUGCAAUUCAAGUGCCAAGGCUCUUGACAGACUGAUGUCUUAUUUUUACGAACAGUUAUGAGUAAAGUUUUCAUUGCAACUCUUUGCCCCUCAUCAUUGUUUCCGCGUUUAGAGAAAUCUGUUUUUGAUCAAUUGAUGGUUGUUAUUAAAAGAUGACAGAAAAGAUUAAGAUUCAUCAUCUCGGCUGCAAAUAUUUAUAAACUUAGAUCCAAGAUUGGACAAAUGUCUGCAGAGUUGAUGAUUUGCAUACUGAUGUAAGGAUUACUGUUGUGUUGUAAAUAAAAUCUUACCUCCACUGUAAGAAUAAAAUUACUUUUGUUUAACAAAUCAUAAUCAACUUUUUUAAUCA